UUUCAUCAUGGCUCUUCGUUCUCUAGAUGUGUCAUAGGAAAAACACGAUUUUUUCAUAAUUACAGUGAAAUCAAGCACAAAAAUUGACAUAAUUCAGCAUUCGGGAAUCCAGUGAACUCGUUCGCGAUGGAUUUCGGCAAACUGCUAAGCGUUGCACAGCGCAAUGCAGCCAACAUGGAGCAGAAAUCUGAGACUCGCUACUAUUCUACGAAGUUUGCACCACCGAAGAAAGAAUGCAAGGAGAAAAAACUGUCGGAAAAUAUAAAGAAAUUCUUGGCCAAGAAAGAACAAGAGGAACGAGAAAAGGCACUGGAAGAGCAACGGAAACGGGAUGAAUUAUUGGCAAAGCGAGAUCCGAAGGCAAAGCGGAAAAUCGAGAAGAUGCUGAAGGUAAUCAAAUCGGCCAACAAAUCAGUCCUGGAGGAUGCCAUCGAUACGCAGGAUACGGCCCUUACCCUACAAGGACCCGAUCAACCGGACGAAGAUGACUAUGGGUACACCUCGAAUGUGGCAUCCCAGUUUUAUCAACAACUGAUGGAGAAGUACAAAAAUACUCCGGAGGAGAAAAAGUUCAAGGAUGGCGAGAAGCGAACUAUGUCCAAAGAGGACAUCGCCCGGGCCAAGGCACGGGUGAAAGAGGCACUGAACAAGGUGCAAGAAGAGGAGAAUGCACCAAGGACCAGGAAACGAAAGGAUGGUGGCGAAGGAACGAGCGGUUCCAGUGAAACAUCUACGAAAGGUAGUUCUAGUAGUGGUACUGGAAAGCGGGAUGGACCUGAUCGUUAUGAUCCCGACGAAGAAAGGCGGAAAGUGGAAGAGGCCAAAGCAAAAGAGGAAGCUGCCAAAAAGAAAGCAAAACGUCCCGCGGGGCCUGCACCACCUGAUUUUGCCACAUUGCUCAAGCUAGCGGAGCAAAAGCAAUUCGAGCCGCUGAAAAUCGAGGUCGUAGAGGAAAAAAAGGAGCCUGAACGAUUAAUGACGAAAAAGGAAAAGAAGGAAUAUGAAGAGCGGAUGGCUUAUCUGGAACAGAAAAAGAUUCGGGAUCGUAUUAGAAACGAUCCGAGACUUUCCGAGAAGGAGAAACAAAUUAAACUGGCAAGAUUUGAUGCGGCCAAAUCGGGCAGAAGUUCAACUGGUAGUACUAAUUCAACAACUAAACCAGAUUCUACACCGAACGUGAUGGCACCGAAUGGACGAAUUCCCAAGUUGAACUCUGCCGGAUCUGAUAGAGCCCCGAAACCAUCAUCCUAUCGAGCCGACGAUCGACAGAAACCUGUUUCGGAUCUAACAGCAAAGAACAAACUCGAAACCGCUCUUACCAGUAAGAAACCCUCUACAAAUUCCCAGCAAGUGAAAGAAUCUACAGCAUCAUCAUCGAUUUCCGGUAGUGGCAAAAAACCUACGUCGUCAUCCCAUCCGAACGGUGCUAGUACCAAGCAAAAUUCACUUUCGAAGUCCUCAGUUCAAUCUCCAAAUGUUUCGUCAGUGUCGGCAUCAUCGAAAAUGCAGCAUUCGGCGAAUGGCCAGAAAACAUCUGGACGAUCAUUCCCAACAGCACCGGGGACCAGCCAAAAACCACGCCAGUUUCCACCGUCGGAUGCACAACGAUCGCGAUCGCUGGCUCCAUCGGAGGCACCACGAUCUCGCCAGUUUCCUCCACCGGACGUACAGCGAUCCCGUCAACCACCUCCCACCGACGCUAUGCGGAAGCGGCCCAGUGGUGGUGGAGCUCCGCCACCCAAAAAGCGCCGACCCGUCAUCGAUAGCGAAAGUGAGUACGACUCGGAGAUGGAUGACUUCAUUGACGACGGCGAUGCCGAAGAGGACUACUCGUCCCACAUUCGUGCCAUCUUCGGAUACGAUAAGUCGCGCUACCGGGAUGAGGAUUACGAUGACCGGGAAAUGGAGUCCAACUAUGCGCAGCAGAUGCGCGAGGAAUUUAUCAGCAAGAAACUCGGUUUAAUGGAGGAUCUGGAAGAUAUGCGAGCGGAGGAAGAGGAAAAGCGCCAAAAGACACUGAUGAAGAAGCAGAAACUGAAACGAAAAUGAGUAGCAGAGCUUCGAUGACAACGGAUUGUUAUAAACAAAGUUUGAGUUUAUUAUUUUUUGCUAAAAUUAAUUCUAUUUAUUUUUAUUAAAUUUCUAAUGUCUCACCUUAGGUUAAUUCUAAUCGAAAUUUAUCGUGUGGUAACCACCACCAUUUUUAUGUACUAUGCAACGAUUGUUAACGAUAAACUUUUUUUGCGAAAAAUGCAGUUGGGAGUUGACAGCGAGUGAUGCUGGUUGUCGAGACAAUUACGUUAUCAAUUUUUUUACACUAAUAGCAAAAAGUGCAAACACAACGAAGCAAAACAUACUUAUACAUACCUGUAUAGCAGUUGCAUUGGAAAAUACAUGGGGACAGGUGUCCUUUCAUCUUAAUAAUCAA